AUGGCCUCUUACCAGAAUGCGAACAAUGCUCCCGAGGUAGUGCAGCAGAGCAUACCCGAGGUGUACUACCCUCAGUCGGAUGGAUAUCCCCAGUCGGCUGUCUAUCCUCAGUCAGCCGUCUCGCCUUCGUAUCACGCCCAUUCACAGGCGCCAGACCCCACGGGCUCGCCUAUCAAACCCGAGUCGGCAACGCUUCAUCCUGGAUACACACCAUCACCCGUUAGCGAUAACCACUCACAAGUGACGAGUCCGAAAGCGAAAAGGACCUUUUGCGGCUGCACCAUCCUCGUCCUCAUCUUGUCCAUCAUUAUCGCCGCCUUGUCCGCUGCCGUCAUUGGACUUGCCGUAGGGACAGGUGUCCAGACGAACCGUGCCAACGAUGCGAAGGAGAAGUUGAACGCGCUCUCUGCAGAAGCAGCUGCCGCAGGGCCGGCAACGACGACUGUGACCGUGUCUGAGGCUGUGCCGACAGAGACGAGCUUCUCAGCCAUUACUCAUGGCUGCUCGGACGAAAAAGACGAGACGUCAGGAACAGAUUAUACCACUCACUUCUCUGACAAGGUGACCUUCACCAUGUUCUGCAACUCCAAUGCGCCGCCUUAUGCUCCCCUUUUGGCGCUUGCUGUGCCCGACUUUGACCGAUGCAUGGACGCUUGUGCUUCGUACACCAAAUACAUCAAGGGGACUUUCGAGUCCGAUUCUGACAGUGUCAACGCGACGUGCACAGCCGUCAGCUUCAUUCCCGGGUGGACGUCCAAGGAGGCGGCCGUUGACGCAAACGCCGAAGGCAACUGUUAUCUCAAGUCGGGUCGGCAGAGGAGGUCGGCUCUCGAGCCAGUGAAGCCUGGACCAGGCGAAACGCAUGCGGCUAUUCUAUCAGACUCUUGA